ACAGCAUUUCCACGUCAGUGUGUUUACCAAAACCGGCCUGACAGCUACAGGAAGUACUCCCAUUUGCUCAUCUUUGGACUCUUUUUGAAGGGAUCUGUUGGUGAUGCACUGAUGGGAGAGAACCGGCUGUCCCACAGUGGAAUGUCUGAACAUCGUGGCUGCUCUGUUUCUGCCUGGGAACUGAACUUUGGACUCUUAGCUUCCCCUCUUAUCCUGCUAGCCGCUUUAGCUUGCUGAGGAAGGCAGCAUUAGCUCCAGAAAGACUCAUUCCGUGUUUGAAUCCAGCUCCUCACCGAAGAGAAGCAGCAUGGUCGACAAAAACAUCUACAUUGUCCAAGGAGAAAUAACCACGGUUGUUGGAGCCAUUAAGAGAAACUCCCGAUGGAAUAACCACACGUCGCUGGAUGAAGAACAGGACCCGUUACUGAACAGCUUCGGCCAUCUUAAGGAGCAUCUCAACAACAUUAAAGAACUUUCAGAUGUGGAACCCAACCUUUUCCUGAGGCCUUUCCUUGAAGUUGUGCGCUCUGAAGAUACCACUGGGCCCAUCACCGGCCUCGCCCUUACCUCUGUAAACAAGUUCCUCUCAUAUGGCCUUAUAGAUUCUAACCAUGAAGCUGCUGCAGAGGCCAUCGAGAACAUGGCGGACGCGGUCACGCAUGCUCGAUUCGUGGGAACAGACCCUGCAAGUGAUGAAGUGGUCCUGAUGAAAAUCCUGCAGGUUCUUCGGACUCUGCUGCUGACGCCAGUUGGAGCUCAUCUGACCAAUGAGUCUGUGUGUGAAAUCAUGCAGUCGUGCUUCAGAAUUUGCUUUGAGAUGCGCCUCAGUGAGCUCCUGAGGAAAUCUGCAGAACACACACUGGUGGACAUGGUGCAGCUUCUGUUCUCCAGGCUGCCUCAGUUCAAAGAGGAGGCAAAGAGUUAUGUGGGAGCCAACAUGAAAAAGCUAAAGAUGCGUGCUGGAGGGAUGAGCGAGUCGUCCAAAUGGAAGAAGCAGAAACGUUCGCCUCGGCCGCCUCGCCACCUGCUCCAGAGUCCCUCAGACCCAGGAAACCCCAGCAGCCUCAGCAACAACCUCUCAGGCGGCGUCCCGUUUAUGGAGCAGGGCUCCUCUACCUCCAGCCUCGCCAUUUUGGACAGCGCCGGCUCCUCCACAUGCAGCCCCACAGCCACAGACAGUGGUCUGGAUCCGGGCUCUAAAGCCACCUCCAGGGAAGAUCUCUCUGACCUGGAGCAGCCGCCUGUAAACCCCCCCUGCUCUGCUACCUCGCUGCCCUCUACCGAAUCCGGCUCUUCUCACGUACAGGUGGAGUGUUUACCGUUAAACGUGAUCCGUUCUGGCAGGGGGCGGGGUUCUAAUCCGUGUUCCCGUCAUGUGCAGUCUGAGGGGGCGCAGGCUGACGCGACGCAGGCCGUUUCUGUAGAGUCCAUCCCUGAAGUUCUGGACGACAAAGACUCCUCGGAUACCACGUCUGUCCACGACAUGGAGUAUGUGAACCCUCGUGGAGUCCGGUUCACUCAGUCCACCCAGAAAGACGGAGUUGCCCUCAUUCCGUACGGCCUGCCAUGUUUACGGGAACUUUUCCGCUUUUUGAUCUCCCUCACCAACCCUCAGGACCGCCAUAACACCGACGCUAUGAUCCACAUGGGCCUGCAGCUUCUGACGGUGGCGCUGGAGUCUUCACACAUCGUGAAUUACCAGUCGUUACUAGUCCUAGUGAAAGAUGAGCUCUGCAGGCAUCUCUUUCAGCUGCUGAGUGUGGAGCGGAUGAACCUCUAUGCUUCUUCCAUGCGAGUUUGCUUCCUGCUUUUUGAAAGCAUGAGGGAACAUUUGAAGUUCCAGCUGGAGAUGUAUCUGAAGAAACUGAUGGACAUCAUCACAUCAGAGAACGCCAAGAUGCCCUAUGAGAUGAAGGAGAUGGGUCUGGAGGCUCUGGUCCAGCUCUGGAGGAUCCCCAGCUUCGUCACUGAGCUCUACAUCAACUAUGACUGUGACUUCUACUGCUCCAAUCUGUUCGAAGACCUCACCAAGAUGCUGUCCAAGAACGCGUUCCCUGUGUCGGGACAGCUCUACACCACCCACCUGCUGUCUCUGGAGGCCCUCCUCACGGUCAUUGACAGCAUUGAAGCCCACUGCCAGUCCAAGGUGGUUAGCAUGGCCCAGCAGGAUCAGUCAGACACGCUGCUAGAGGAAGGAUCGUCGUCUAAUGGAACAGACCUGAUCACAGAUCCCGGUGUUCCCAACAGCUGUCCGCACACCCUGCAGGCGUCGGGGUAUCCUCCUACCAGUGGAUACCUCAUGGCGGGGAAGAUGAAUCUGGGCAGGGACGACCACGGAGACGCUGAAACUGCAGAGAAGAAGGCAACUAAAAAGCCCCCCCGUUUCUCUUCCUGUCUGCCGGAUCCGCAGCAGCUGAUGGAGAUCAGGACCAAGAAGAAACUUCUCAUCACAGGGACCGAGCAGUUUAACCAGAAGCCGAAGAAGGGGAUCCAGUUCCUCCAGGAGAAAGGCCUGCUGAGCGACCCGUUGGACACCAAGCAGGUGGCGCAGUGGCUGCGGGAAAACCCGCGUCUGGACAAAAAGAUGAUUGGGGAGUACAUCAGCGACCGAAAGAACAUGGAGCUCCUGGACAGCUUUGUGAAUACGUUUACCUUCCAGGGGCUCCGCAUUGAUGAGGCCCUGCGGCUCUACCUGGAGGCCUUCAGGCUCCCUGGAGAGGCUCCCGUCAUUCAGAGGCUCCUGGAGACGUUUACAGACAACUGGCACAAAGUCAAUGGAUCUCCAUUUAUGACCAAUGAUGCAGGCUUCGCUCUGGCCUAUGCUGUGAUCAUGCUGAACACUGAUCAGCACAACCACAAUGUCCGCAAGCAGAACAUCCCCAUGACUGUGGAGCAAUUCAAGAAAAAUCUAAAGGGAGUCAAUGGAAACCAGGACUUUGACCAGGACAUGUUGGAGGACAUCUACAACGCCAUCAAGAGCGAGGAGAUCGUGAUGCCGGACGAGCAGACGGGUUUAGUGAAGGAGAACUACGUCUGGAGUGUGCUGCUGCACCGCGGGGCCACGUCUGAGGGGAUCUUCCUCCACCUGCCCCCCGACAGCUACGACCUCGACCUGUUCACCAUGACCUGGGGUCCCACCAUCGCUGCUCUAUCUUAUGUCUUUGACAAAAGUCUGGAUGAAAGCAUCAUCCAGAAGGCCAUCACUGGCUUCAGAAAAUGUGCAAUGAUUGCUGCUCACUACGGCUGCAGCGACGUGUUCGACAACUUGAUCAUCUCCCUCUGCAAGUUCACCACUCUGGCCAGUGAGGCUGUAGAAAACCUACCUACCGUGUUCGGCAGCAACAGCAAAGCUCAGACGGCUGCCAAGACCGUCUUUGAUUUGGCUCAUCGGCACGGAAACAUCCUGAGGGAAGGCUGGAAGAACAUCAUGGAGUCCAUGCUGCAGCUCUUCAGAGCCCAGCUGCUUCCCAAGGCCAUGGUGGAGAUGGAGGACUUUGUGGAGCCGAACGGGAAAAUUUCCCUUCAGAGAGAAGAGAUGCCUUCCAAUCGUGGAGAAUCUGCAGUGUUGAGUUUCAUCAACUGGCUGACGCCGAGCGGAGCUGAGCAGUCGGGACUCAGAGGGCCAUCCACAGAGAAUCAGGAGGCCAAACAGGCAGCGCUGCUCUGCAUUAAGGAAUCUGACCCAGAGAAAUUGAUCACUGAGAGUAAAUUCCUCCAGCUGGAGUCUCUGCAGGAGCUCAUGAAGGCCCUGAUAUCCGUCAGUCCAGAUGAAGACACCUACGAUGAAGAGGAUGCUGCCUUCUGCCUGGAGAUGCUGCUGCGGAUUGUUCUGGAGAAUAGGGACCGCGUGUCAUGUGUCUGGCAAACGGUACGGGACCACCUGUAUCACCUGUGUGUUCACGCCACGGAGAGCUGCUUCCUGGUGGAGCGAGCCGUGGUGGGUCUUCUUCGGCUCGCCAUCCGCCUGUUACGGAGAGAAGAGAUCAGCUCUCAGGUUCUUCUCUCUCUGCGUCUACUCCUCAUGAUGAAGCCGCAUGUGUUGUCCAGGAUGAGCAGGGAGAUAGCUUAUGGCCUCCAUGAGCUGCUGAAGACCAAUGCAGCUAACAUCCACUGUACAGACGAUUGGUACACACUCUUCUCCCUGCUGGAGUGCAUCGGAGCAGGAGUCAGACCUCCGGCCUCCUUCCAGCUCAGCUCCUCUACCACCGACCAUGAAACAGGCGCUCAGUCAGACAGCGAGCUGUCGUCUCAUCAUUCCAAUGAAGUGAGUUUAGACCGUGGCUACACGUCUGACUCAGAGGUUUACACGGAGCACAGUAAGACUCGGAUACCUCGCUCCACUACUGAUGUGGACGUAGCCAGCAGCGGAUGGCUGGUGGUUGGUAAAGAUGAUCUAGAGAUGGCGAAGCCCGGCCAAGGCGGCGCCAAAGCUCAGCUGAAUCACCCGCUGGUCAACCAGUACAGCCUGACUCUGGGUCAGGACCUCGGCCAACACGACACUAAGUCCCUCAUCAAGUGUGUGGAAACUCUUUCCUUCAUCGUCCGCGAUGCCGCCCACGUCACGCCGGACAACUUCGAGCUGUGCGUUCGAGCCAUCCGGGUGUUUGUGGAGGCCAGCCUGAAUGGAGGUUACCGCAACCACGACAAGAAGAAAAACCACAAAUACGACUCCAAGUCCAGGACGAGGAAGAAGCCUGCGGGUCGGGACCGAGAGGCGGGGGGUGGCGCGAGGCGAGGCGCGGGCCGAGUGUCGAGUCAGCGUCCAUCUCGUUCUCACAGCGAUGAUGAGGAGGAUGAAGGCGUGCCGGCCAGCUAUCACACCGUGUCUUUACAGGUUAGUCCAGAUCUGCUGGACCUGAUGCACACUCUUCACACCCGGGCCGCCAGCAUCUACAGCUCCUGGGCGGAGGAACAGCGCCACCUGGAGGCCUCUGGGAAAAAGAUAGAAGCUGACUCUCAGACAUUGUGGACCAGCUGCUGGUGUCCUCUGCUGCAAGGCAUCGCCUGGUUGUGCUGCGAUGCCAGGCGACAGGUCCGCAUGCAGGCCCUAACUUAUCUCCAGCGAGCCCUGCUGGUCCACGAUCUGCAGACGCUGGAUGCAGCCGAGUGGGAAUCCUGCUUCAACAAGGUUCUGUUCCCUCUGCUUACGAAGCUUCUGGACAGCAUCAGUCCAGCAGAUGUUGGUGGGAUGGAGGAGACCAGAAUGAGAGCCUGCACUCUGCUGUCAAAGGUCUUCCUGCAGCAUCUCUCUCCUCUGCUGUCACUGCCCACCUUCGCUGCCCUCUGGCUGACCAUUCUGGACUUCAUGGACAAGUACAUGCAUGCAGGAUCCAGCGACUUACUGCUGGAGGCCAUUCCUGAGUCUCUGAAGAACAUGUUGCUGGUGAUGGACACUGCAGGGAUUUUCCGCAGCUCCGACUCUCGGACCGGAUAUUCGGACCUGUGGGAAAUAACGUGGGAACGCAUCGUGUGUUUCCUCCCCAACCUCAGAGAGGAGCUCUUCAAGCAGACCGUUAUUCCAGAUGCGGCUCCUGCUCCUCAGGCCGAGCCGGCGCAGUCUACACCAGCAGCGGAAGCAGCCGCCCCCCCUCAGUUGGCCCCGCCUCUUUCCCAGCCCUCCCCGUCCAUCCUGAUGGCGGCGACAUCCACAGAGACGCCGGCGUCCGUUAACCCAGAUUCCAGCCAGGAGCCUGUGGCGGCGGCAGCUGCCAGUGGCUCCGAUAGCUCGACUCCGGUGACGCCAUCGCCAGGAACCUCUCCUGCUCGCUCUCCCUCCCCUCCAACUCAGUCCCCUCUCAUCCUGCAGCCGCUGGCGUCUCCCCUGCAGGUGGGCGUCCCCCCCAUGCCUCUCCCCAUCAUCCUGAACCCCGCCUUGAUCGAAGCCACCUCCCCCGUGCCGCUGCUUCCGGGGCCCAAACCCGCCGCCGCCGCUGCUGCCGAAGACUUCCAGUAGGAGAAAUCCCCUCAGUGGCGUUUUGCUGCUUCCAUGGCAACAGCGUCACCUGCUUCACAGCUUGUUUAGGUGUACAUAUGGGACACUGUUCAGAUGUGCAGGUGGUUUUCUCCGUCUCUCUCUCUCUGUCUGUGUUCUCUAACUCUCAGCAGAUGUGGAGGAAAGUAACUCUAAUCCAGGAGGACGGCUCUGAAAAAACAAACGUCUCCUUUUGUAAAAAGAUAAAAGAGAUCUGGGGUGUUUUGUUUUGUCCACCGAAUCAAAAAAACUGACUUUAUUCGCUGUCUUCAGAUAUUUUAAAGUUAUAACAGCAUGUAUAUUUUAAACUGAGACAAUAAAAGGAACAGACUGAA